CCUAUUUAAACCAAUUCCUAAACAAGACACGCACACACUCUCUCUCUCUUUGUGUGCGUCUCCAAUGGCCGAAGCUGAAGCUCAACGUUCAUCUACUCCUCCACCUUCAUUUUUGGAGGUAAAAUGCAAGAGUUCGGGUAAGAUAAGACGCUUCGCAGAGGGAACGGAGGCUUGUUUUGCGGUGUCUCUAAUAAACAGGAAGUUGGAUAAGGGAGCUCCUCAAGCUCUGUACAUCGAAGCCAUUAAAGAAGGCGAUGACGAUGAGGAGCCCAUCAGUUUCGGACCCAGUUCAGUUCUCGUUGACUAUCGCCAUGGCUGGAAGUUACACACUGUUACUGAAUUGGAUUUGCCAGGUCCAUCAGGUAUUGGAAAUGGGGAAAAGAUUUUUCAACCAAGGAGUGUGAGACCGCGUAAUGUGAAUAGUUCUGAUUCCUCACAUCUUGGAAAGAAGGCACCAAAACCAGCAAUCAAUUAUCUGUAUAUCGGGAAAAUAAUCGUUGCUUUCAUUCUGAUGUUUGUGCUGGCUGCAAUUUUCACAUUGGCUCUAGAGAAGCUUCCCAUUCUGUUAUCAUUCCUUUCAUCAUUCAUGUAAUGCCGCUCGCCCUAUUGAACAAAUGUUGGUUUGAAACAUUUCAAUAUGUGUCCCUCUCUGCAGUGGAAAAUAGAUCCUUGGCCAAAAACCAAAAUGUAAUUUAGUUAGAGGAAGAUUGAAAGUGUAGUUGUAAAAAGCGGUUUGAGACCAUGAAAGAAAAUUCAUUGGUUUUGCUGUAGCUGCAGUUCUAGUCAGUCAUAAAACAUGAACCUAACGCUGUCCAAAUUUAGCUUCUAUUUGCCUUAAAGAGGAGUCUGGAGUAUUUUGUUAUUGCUACCAACUUGAGUAACAAGGUAUAGAAGUUUAAGCAUUUUGAGGAUGGUCCUUCUCAAGUUUGAGAUGCAAUUUGGACAGCGUUCUCAUGAAUGAUGUCUAGGUUUAUGAGAUGAUAAGCUGAAAUUUUGUAUUGCUCAGGAUUUUGACAUACAAAGUUUGUUGUAGAAAGUGGAGCUUCCUUUCUCUGUUUUCUUACAUUAAAUCUUUCAAAUGGAAAUGGAAAAUGGUGAUGUACCAUUGAUUUUA